GCAGCUUGUUUUUUGCAAGCAGCUACCUCGCGUUUGUGUUCGAGGAUGAAAAUAGUUCGAAAAUAUGGGUGCAUCAUUCGGUCACAAGAAUAAAUAUAUCAGUGUUUCCGCCGUACCGACAGAAAAACAUCGUCAUGUGAAAACACCGGCCGUUAAAUCUCCCGAGUAUAGAUUUGGUACGUUUGUCGGUACAUGUGAAAACAUGCAGCACGAAAAAGUGGAGAUCGAGAGCCGACUUAGAACCGAUUUGCAAAAAUGGCGACGAAAUGGUUUAGAAGAGGAGGACAAAAGAGAAGUUUACGGAUUAUUAAAACGAUUUCGACAAAUACAAGAGCAGCAGACAUUGUUGUUACACAAAGAAAAAAUGAGACUUCAGGACAUGACCUCACAACAAUCUGAAAACGGCAAUACUAGUCGAAGAUUACGGAACCGGUUGAAGUAUUUUACUCGUUUAAAUAAACAACACGAAGAUAUGAUUUCAAAAGUUCGUGAAAGUUCGAUUGGAUGUCGAUGGGUAAAACAAGAAGGUGAAGUCAAAAGUAGGCAACGUGUUGAAACCAAAGUGGACAUUGGCGACAUGAUAUAAAUUGCCGAACAGAUUUUUACUGCUAUUAACUGGUGAGGUAUGUUCACGAAAGACACAAGCUAUCCGGAGGUUUUAUGAACGUUUAGCUGAAAGAACUUUAUCUUUAUUAGAAGACAAAAGUAACGGGAUAUCUACAAGAUCAGUAAUUAAUAACAUUUUGCCUCACGUGAGCAAAUUAUUCUCAUGAUUAGUCUCUUAAACGCACCGAUUAAACCAUAUUAUAUUUUUUUCAUUAAUCUGAGGUUUGAUGACGUCAGAAGGAGUAAGACUAACGAAUCAGAUUCGGCGAGAUGUCGAGGUUUUCCUUAAGCCACAGUGCUCAUUAGCGUAAUUUAAUUUAAUGGUUUACGACACAAGAUCAUUAUGACACCAUUAAAACUCUUGCAGUGCUGUUUCAUUAAACGACGUCAUUUUAACGACGUCAUUUUAACGACGACGCCAUGCUGUAAUCAAAAUGUUAACGGACCCAACAGACAGCAAAAUCCGUUUCGCGUAUUCAAGACAAGUAACUUAUCACAAAAAGUUAAAAGUAAGCUACGCGAAGACGAUUGCAAUUCAUAUUUAGUGUAUAAUUAAUACAAUAUAAAAAUAAAAUAUAAAUCUAUAAAAAUCUACUUUUGGUAACGC